AUGAACACGGCCAAUUCAUUUAGGGUUGAUUGGGUGCGAAGACGCUUCUCAUCUUCCAUUUUUUUCAGUGAGUCUGCAAUGAGAAACAACUUCAGCUGCUUGGAGUAUAGCAGGACAUGUCAGGCUGCAGCUUCUGGGAUGGCUGCAGGAAUUCUCGGACUGACAGGAAUUCCUGGUUUCAUUUUCUAUUUUAUUACCGUAGCUAUUCAGGCUCUGUUUUGGGAAGCAAAGGCUGGUUUCGAAUGGAGAUCCUAUUUCCUUGAUCGAACUCUUUCCGUGACGCACUCAAUUGUUGGUGGUUUAUUUACGUACAUACUGUUUUGGGUAUUUCUUUAUGGAAUGGUUCAUGUAUACUAG